AUGUUUGCGCUGGAUGCUAGAGAGAUAAUUUCAGAUGAUUUAAGGAAUCCCUUGGUCGCCCCCCACUUGGAUUUCCUGCCGGAAGAUGCACAUGGCAAAGGCAUAUUCAAGACUUCACAGUCAGCGAAGUGGCUCAAACAUCUGGCGCCAGAUAUACGUGUACAAAUGGUGGCUUAUAACAAGAAACACUACUAUACUUAUGAGCCGGUCCAACUCAAGAAUGACAAUAUCAUUAUUCCCAUAUUUUUCUACACACUUCAAUCUAACACCUUUGCAAAAUGCUACAAGCCACAAAUUACAUCAAACCGGCACAACUCUACGGUGAAGAUAGCUAUUGCCAGUGAUAUCUUAUAUGAUGAUCCUGAUUUACAAGAAAUCAACUUGGACGAUUUUGAUCUUCUCUAUUCUGAAAUUGUUUCAAGUGAUGGUCUAAAACUAUUGGAAUACUGCGGGAACUUGCUUUAUGAGCAAAACAGUGAAGGCACAAUUAAGCUACCAAAUCCUUGGAGGGAGAAAGCCAAUGGGAGGAUAAUUCGACACGUACCCGUGAACAUGUAUUGUGAUGAUACUUCUGGAAAUAAAUCAAAGAAGUGGAACAAACACAUCUCUUAUUACUUUACACUCUCCGGAUUACCUCCAAAUCUCUCAAAUCAACAAUUCAACUGCCAUUUCUUGUGCACUUCUAACAUUGCUGGAGCUCUGGACCUUGGAGAGAUUGUGGUCCAACAGUUAAAUGAGAUGGUGAAUGAUGGAUUUGAAGCAUAUGACAUGAUUCUGUCUCAAAAUGUUCUUGUUAUGGCUCCACUGUUAUGCUUCUUGGCCAACUCUCCGAUGCAAGCUGAGAUAACCAACACUCCUGUCCCUGGACCUUCGUUGAAUCCCUGUCGAGUUUGUGUCCUCAGUUCCAAAACAAUCAAAGACAGGAAUACACUCGGUUACAUUUCAAGAUUCGUAAAUAAAAACACUCAUGGAUCAAAUCAUCCCAAUAAUCUGAGAACUACAGAAAAAACAAUUAAAGACAGUGAAGAGGUUUGGAGAUACGUCAAAGAAAAUGCACUCACACUGAAUUUGGAAAAGUUGAAUGAAAAAUCGGCUGAGUUUGGAAUUCGAGAUCAAACGAACCGCAAGUUUGCAAAACAAAUCAUUUCAUUCAGAGAGAAAAAGAAAGAAUUGCUCUUAGAUGGAAAGGAAAUACCGCCGGACAUGGAUCAACCUAUUCCUCAAGACUUGGUUGAUUUAGAAUCAAAAGAUAAAACACAGGUUCUCAGUCCUUUUCUGAAAUUAAAAGGCUUGUGUUUUGAUAUGGUCAGGGACACCCCAGUUGAAAUUUUACAUGUCUUCUUGCUUGGAAUUGUCAAGUACCUAUUUACAGAAUUCAUGAGUAGAUUAGAUUAA